CGCGUAAGCUUUUCAGUUGAGAAUGGAAUCUGCGCAAGCGAAGUUGUGUCGGAAUUUACGAUUCGUGGCGUUGCUGCCGUCGCUGUUUUAAAAGAAGAGAAACCAAGGGGAAACAAAAAGUGGAAGCCAAGCGCGAGUGGUUUAAAAAAAAUUAAAUGGAUGCCGUUUUAUGGAAACAGCAGCAGGGGCAUUUUCUUCUGGAUUUUCAUCGUCGUCAUUGCAUUUUGAUUUCGGUUUUGUGCCAAAGUGUGUGCAGCAAUUCGACGGAAAUUGCUUUCGUGCAGUGAAAAUAGUGGUCUCGCGGAAUUAUUAGUUUUUAAUUUCUCGGUUCGAUUGGAAAUCGAUUUUCUCUGUGGGGUGAUUGUUGCUUACUUCUGAAAUCGAAGAUUCAUUAUUGUGCAAGUCUCUCCCGGGUUUAAAUAGUAGGAAAGAUGGAUACACCGAAGCGAAUUAAGACCAUUUCCUCGCCGUACGUGAACAGUCCGCCCCCGGUGGGUUCACCAGCCGCUUUGGGUGGAAAUCGGUAUAACAUUACCGGAAGUGGUGGGCACUGGAGCAGCGGAUGGCCACCGGAAGCACUGAGCAGCCCGGUUUCGAGUUGUAGCUCGCCGGAAGCGAUGCACCUGACGAAAGCUAGGCCUUUGAUAGGGACCCCAACCACGAACACCCCUGGCGGACAAGGGGGUAAUAAUGGGUGGAAUCAGCACCAGAAUCCGCUUUCGUCUGAAGGGUCUGGUUCGGCGGAAAAGUCCGAGAAUAAACGGGGCAGGCCCCGGUCCGAGCUGUUGACCUCCCUGAUGGUCGAAGGGUCGAUCUCACCUUCGGCGAUCAAGUGUCGAUACUGUAAUCGGGUGUUCCCCCGAGAAAAGUCACUGCAGGCACACCUUCGGACGCAUACAGGUGAACGGCCUUACCAAUGUGAUUAUCCGGGCUGUUCCCGUGCCUUCACCCAAAGCGGUCAACUGAAAACACAUCAACGGUUACACACCGGCGAGCGGCCCUUCAUCUGUUCGGCUGCCAAUUGCAUGAUGCGUUUUACCCAUGCCAAUCGACACUGUCCGGAUCAUCCUUACGAUACCCUGAAGCGUUGUGACGAUUUUGUAAUUCAAGCGAUUCCUGAGCAAAACAGCGAAGUAUUGCGUUGGUUGGAGAAAUAUCGUUCCGAGCGGGAGGACAGAACACCAACCAGAAAGACACCGAAAAGGCCAAAUCAAUCUUCUCAGAAUGAAAACGAAAAUCGGAGCGAACCAAGCAGACGACACAAUAACGAAAACUAUGCCGAGAAUGGUUCAGCCUUCCAGUCUCCACUAACACCGCGAUCGCCUUUCAAAAGCCGCAAAGGGUUGAUGUGCGAACUGGACAUGAACGCAGGUAUGGGUCUAUCUGCGAGCCCGAUAACUGCAAAAACGAAACCCAAUUUGCCAAAAAUGAUCCAGUGGCAAGAACCAACCAGCCAGGAGGAAGACGAUUCCGGUGAUGAAUCAAACUGCGAAAUUCCUGCUCGAUCAACAUUCAAUCCCAAGAAAAAAUGGCUACGAGAUGCAUGGCAAGAAGACUUGGCUAAACCGCUGGAACCGAAUAUUAUUUCACCUCAGGUUUUAUCCAGCACGACAUCAACAGCAGCAUUGAAACAGCAACUGAUGAGCAGCCCUGACAAUAGCAGUCCAAAGCACCAAGUUAUCACCAUAGACCCCAACCUAAUGCGUCCUACCGUACUGAUGGUGGCCAGCAAAGACCGCGCUCGACCUCUCGAUGAGCAACCGACUAUUCAUACUACAAAAAAAGUACCCGGUACUCGACCUGAAGAAACCAACCGAAAACUUCAGGGAGCCCUAGCUUUAAUGCAACUUGCUACCGAAGAAACACAAGCCUUCAUAGGACAAUACGGGUCAGACAUGUUGGCAAGCACUUCCAGUGAAAUCGUUCAAACACAUGAUCUUUCGUCGACCAUUAUGACUCCCAGCUCUUCGAACUCGCCGGCGGGAUCUUCCUGCAUCAAUCCCAGUGAGACGACGCCUAUCACUCCUCUACACAUACCGCUGAUUUCGACUCUGUGCAACGAUAUAGAUUACAGCAUACCGUUCACACUGGCCGCUGAGAACUACGCCAACGGCAACAACGCCCAAUAGACAAAAUGCGGCGCGUCUUUCAAAAACCUAUGUGGAUCCUCGCUUUAUAACGUUAGUCUUCGAACGUUCGAUCUCCGAAAUGUCUCCUAAUUCACUUUCUUCUAUUUUGUAGUACUACUUUCGAGAAAUUGUUUCUAUUUUUAUGAGCUUUUAAUCGUUUAAGAUUAUCCAAAGAAUUAACAAGCAAAGUAGGAUUGGUAAAAUGUGGAAAAAUAAGGGUAUUACAAACACCCCGUUAACUCUGUACCCUGUGAUUCGUCUGUGUUUCUUAUCAUUAAGGCCUUCAAAAUUCGUUCUACUUACUUUGCUUUAUAUUUUAUCAAUUUGAAAAAAAAAAUGUUAUUUUUUGCUAGAUUCUAAGAUCAAAUUGAACUUUUUCAAACAAAACUAUCAACACGUAAUACCAUAAGUACUAUAUCUACAGAUAACCAGUGUAGGAACAUUUUGUCUAAAAAAUGAUCUAUUAAACAUUCGUGUAAAGAUCACUUUCUCUUUAUCAUAAAAAUUUAAAAUCUCAAAAUUUCGCAGCUGAAGAGAGCUAUUUAUAUUUAACUAGAAACAUAGCGUGAAUAGAAAGCUACCGCUAGACGUUGAUAAAACGUUUCCCAAAAAUAAACCUAAAAACAAGAAAUCACACAAUGUACAUUGUAACUGUUUGUAAAUAGUUUACCAGUAAUAAGUAAAAGUGUAAACUCAUAUUUUUAUUUGCUAACCAUUAUCAUAAUAGAAAAGUUCCAAUUAAAAUUCAUUUAAAUAUCUACAA